CACGAAUAAACCUAGAGAUGGUACGCCGCCGGUGGAUCCACCACCACCUUCAGGAAAUGCCUGGGCGAAUAAAAAAUACUUCGUUUCUGUUUUACUAGACAAGGCGGAUGACACUCUUUCUGCCACGACUUCGAGAUACGAAGGUAUGCCAACUGCGGCUUUCACCGUUAAUGAUAUUCAGGUUUUAGCUGAUAAGCACAAACGAUCUCUUGUUGGAUAUUUUUAUAAAGGACAUCCUACCAUGGCUAUCUUGAGGCGAUCGUUUGAGAUUAUUGGUUUUAAAGGAAGCUUUCAAUUGGGAUUAUUGGAAAAAAGCAUGUUUUAAUCCGGUUUGAUUUGGAGGAAGAUUACAUUAGAUGCUGGAAUCAUCAAAUCUGGGACAUUCAUGGGAACAUCAUGAGGGUCACUAAAUGGACCCCUGAUUUUAAACCAAACGUGGAAUCCCCUAUGGUUCCAGUUUGGUUAACUCUUGAAGGUUUGCCAAUACAUUUUCAUGAUAAAAGGGUCUUGUUUGUUAUUGCUAGACUCAUUGGUAAACCGCUGAAAUUGGAUAUUGCGAUUACAACUCUAGCCAGACCAUCUAUCGCUAGAGUUUAUGUUGAGAUAGACUUAACUAAACCCAUGGCCAACAAGGUUUGGAUACAAGCCGGGGAUUCUGGUUUUACUCAGAGUAUUAUCUAUGAAAAUAGACCCCUCUAUUGUCUGUCUUGUAUGCAUCUUGGACAUGAAGCUAGGAAUUGUCUUAAAAAGGAGGGUCCAGUCCAAGUUACUCAGGGUGUUCAACAUUUAUUAACUGGGAAGGAAGUAGGAGUGCCACAGUUAGUAAAUGUAGUUUCAAACCCCAAGAAAUCAGGAUCAAAAUAGGGAGGAAGACAACUUUAUUACAGUAGGAAGAAGAAGGAACAGGAAGAAACAAGUGCAAAUAAAUCUAGUGACCACUAGGUAUGCUGCCAAAAGGCAAUCUCAAGCUAUACCUACCCCUUCCUUAUGAAUGGUAUAAUUUGGAAUGUGAGAGGCUUGGAUGCCUCCGGGCCAAGGAUAUUUCAAUUAAUUAAAUACUGGAGGGUUAAUUUUGUUAUAGUCAUUGAGCCUAUGGUGGAUUUCUACAAGGCUGGCUUCUUUAAAUUGGAGUUAGGGUUGUCUAAUGUGUUGUUUAGCCCGCUGAAUAAAAUAUGGAUUUUCUGGGAUUCCAAUGUUAUAGCUAUUUCUGAGGUCACAUGGGAGUCUCAAUAUACCCAUUUUAAGGUGACUAACGGGUCUUUUGAGGGAUGGAUUACUGCAAUAUAUGCCAAACACACACAUGUGGAAAGAAGACUUCUUUGGGACCAUCUUAAGCAUUACUCUACCUCUAUUAUUGUGCCCUGGAUGAUGGGUGGAUAUUUUAAUGCUAUUGUUGAUCACUCUAAACAUAAAGGAGCUUGUAUUCCUAAUCUAAUUAGUAUGAUGGAAUUCUAAGAAUGCAUUUCUCAAUGUAAUUUGAUUGAUAUUCCCUACUCGGGGUGUCGGUUUACUUGGACUGAGGUUAGAUUUACUGGAAGACUUUGGAGAAUAUUGGAUAGGGUUCUUUUCAAUGAAAAAUGCUUGGAUUUCUU